GUGGGUCGAUCAUAUCUCUAUAUAAGCUCAAACUAUUUUUGCAAGCACGAUCAGUCCUCCCUGACCUUGCUAAAAGAAGUGAAAUAUCAAAACGGAUGUCUUCUAUACCCGCGGAAAGAAGAAAGAAGAAAACGGUAGCCAAGACAGCUCAACCAAUGACGGCGAAAGUGUCUCUUGUCAAGUCAAGUGCGCAACAGCGACUGCGGACGCAGGUGCUGGUGUUUGAGUGGCAGGAAAAGCUGUUUUCACAUCGUCAAGUGAGCGAGGCGACAUUACGACAAGCAGCGGGUUGGCUUCAAUCACAGACGUACGAUGAAGUCAUUGAAGAACGGGUGGUCCAGGAUUUCUGUGGCUACCCAUUAUGCGAUCAAACGCCGCAAAAGCAACAGCCUCGGUACCGGAUCUCGCUCUCUCAACGCAAAGUCUUUGAUCAAUCGGAACUGGCAUCGUAUUGCUCAGAAGCAUGCUUUCAGAAAUCCAGAUAUUACUCCCUGCAACUGGCCCAAGAUCCAGUAUGGAUGCGCGAUGCCAGCAAAGUUCCCAAAAUUCACAUUGUACCACUCGAUCAAGAUUUCAAAUGUGCCGUGGCAAAAGAAAAGGAACGGUCCCAACGGCGACGCAGUUUACGGGAAAUCCAGCACGAUUAUGUAAAGCAUAUGCUCGGUAACGUUCCAGCACAUGACGGUGUCAAGGGCAUUGAAAUUAUAGAAACGGUGUCUAAAGCACCGCAGGCACCUAUCCCGAGUGCUGGUGUGCAUGACGCUAUUGAAGGAUAUCGAAUCACGAUGCGCAAAGGGGAGGAAGCGUCGACCGAGCCGAGCACCAUGGUAUUGACUAACGAUGCUUUGGCUCAAGCCACCGCAUUAAAUGAGAAUACUCCACUAGAUGAUGAAGAAGCGAUUCUGGAAAACGCUAUGGAGACCAUGAUGUUACUAAAGAGUAUGAAACUGGAUGAUCCCAAUGAACAGCGCGCCGCCGCAGCAUCGUCUCAACCAAAGCCCCCAUCCAAGUCAUCCUCGAAACCAUUAUCAACAUCAUCGUCCAAACCAUCGCCCAAUCCGUCAAAGCCAAUGUCGAAUUCAUCACAGGCACCGUCAAGUCCUUCGCAGCAAGCGUCAAGUCCUUCGCAGCCAGGGUCCAAUCCAUCACCGCCUUCUAAGGAGCCGUUGCCUUCCUCCGGCCGACGAUCUUCAUCUUCCACUGCUACAUCAUCCCAUGCGGCGAAUACAGUAUCUUCACAUCCUCCAAGAAAGCCAUCUGCCGGUGAUGCAAGUCUGUCCCCUGUGACGACCACGCUCUCAUCAGAUCCAUCCAACAUCAACGUGAUUAAUGUAGUGACGAAAGAUGCCAAAAAACCACCAACGACAAAGAAAAAGAAGAAAAGGGAACCAGAAAUGUCACUAUUUGGCAAGACGUGGACGGUGGUGGACCGAAUGACAACGAAAUCCACGAGACAAUAUUUGACCGAAUUAGAUCAAGGCAAAACCCCCCAGGUGGCAGAUAUUCUUCAUGAUGAAUCACUGGACGAAACAGUGUUGUUGCGGUGUCAAAUCUUUAGUGAGCGCAUUCUCGAAACAUACAAUCUUAUCCGUUCACAAAUUGGCGUUGAUAUUGCUCUGGAAAAGGACAUUGUGGACUUGAUCAAGACAUUUCGAUUUGCGGAUGCUUCAGUAGUUGUAAUGGAACCUGCGCAAACGUACAUGAUCACCUUGGUUUUAUUCAAGGCAUUGGCAGACAUCACUCUGCAGGAAAUGUCAUGGCAGCACGGGUUUGAGGAUUGCUGUCAAUCCAUUGGCCAAACAACCGAUGUGGUCAAUGCUUGCGUCCGUGUUCUCAAAGUUGCAAGCACUUGAAAAGGAAAAAAACACGAAAACCAACAAACCAAAAUCAAGAAGUGUUUCCUGGGAUCCCCUUUUUUUCAUUCAAUAUGAUAUAACCUGUUUCAUUUUUUUUUCUUUUUCAAAUCGUGUGAUUAAUGGCUUUUAUCUUUAUCCUUUUUCUGUAUAUUUUCUUGUUCCUUUUCUCCAUUGAAAUAGGAUCCAUUAUGUAAUCGUGCCAUCAUUUGACUUGGAAAGUCUGCUUUUUUUUCCCUUUUUUAUGAUCAUUACUGGAUUUUGCCCUUUUGGAUGGAAAUGGUGAAUUGGGAAAGUUUGGUAUUCGGCAAACUUGGGAAAUAAUAAUAAAAAAAAAAUUGAUUUGGGGGAAAGGGACCCCAAGAAGAAAAAGAAGUGAUAAUGUAAAUACCAUUGUAUAAUCG